UUUAUUGGGGCCUUUCACCAUCACCUGUGCGUAGCAGUUGAAUGAAAGUGGAGCCCCCAGCAGUGUGGCUGUCAGGUAACAAUUGUGACGCAGGCAGUUCGCCGAAAUCUCUGCAAUAGUCACACGGUCUAGAUCAGUUUUGAUUUCGGACCCGUGUUCUUGUUUCGACAGAAUUUGAUGAGUUUUCCAGCCUAGAGGAAUCAAUAAAGUCCUAAUCGGGGAAAAUACAAAAUGGUUCUGGAAGAUAUGCGUGAUCUGCUACUCGCUAGUGAUUCGCCCGACCAACUCUUUAAACCCAUUCGAACAUUACCGAUCGUCAUCUUUUUGCUCGCCUCUGAUGUUACUGUUCUUAUCACGUCCUUCAUCCUGCCCCAGUAUUACAUAGAUUACCAAAGGCAUCCCAGCCUCUAUGCUACUCUACUCUACUUGCAAAUUACUCUUUGGGUCUUGACAGUUAUUGCUGAUCAGCUGAUAACAAGGCAACACCAGAAAUCUCAACUCAGCGGCUUUCUGGAAUUCAAUCGCAAGAUUAUGCCCUGCAUGAGAGCUUUUCUCAUCACAGUCACCAGCUGCAGCAUUUUACUACUCAUCACAGCUGCUGUUGCGUGGGAUUACUGUCCAAGAGAUAAAGAAACGGAAAAUUGUUCCCAAUUUGUUCCCCUCACCCCAGCUCACUAUGUUCAGAUCAUAUUGAGCCUGCAAACAUGCAUACUUUUACCAGUGUGUCUGGCUUAUUCUGUGAGGAUACAUCAGUUCAAUGCCAGCCAUCCUCUACCUGACAUUCUGGAAGGUCAAAUGGUGUACUCCCUAUCGAGGAGUCUUCCGGCUUUCGAAGACGUCGGCGUCAGAGAAACGACGGACGACACUUUACUGGAAAAACAAGCUGAAGCAAUUCACUUUUUAAAGGAGCAUAACGCUAGAUUGAGUCGAAAAAUUUUGUCGCUAACGGAUCAGCUAGGCAGAUACUCUGACGCAAACGUCUAAAAAUUGUUGUUCGUUUUCUUCUCCCGUUUAGUUUUUCAUGUUACGAUGUUGCAUUUGCAAUUCUAAGGAUCUGCUUACCAGCCAUUGACAGCGUGGACGUGUUUACAUCUCUCGACGCGUUCAGCAUAGAAGCUUUUCUCUUGCCGCCUAUAGAAGCUGCUGUCUUUGUCAUCACUGCUGGAAUUUGGGAUGCGUUAUUAUUUUGGAGGUUUUCUUUAACCGUGGCCAUCACUCGUUGUUUUCCGUUGACCACUUGACCCUUUGCCGUAAAAACGGGCUUUUGUAAACCUGUAAACGAUGACGUGUAAAUGAAAUACAUUAUUGCGAUUUUUCGACUAUUA